AUGGAUUUCAGCAAGAAUAUCACCUCACUAGGUGUGGGAGAGUACACUCCUGAAGGCGCUGGACUGGCCGCUGCCGGUGCUGUCAUUUUCGUUCUAUCAUGUCUGGUACUACUUUCGCCGAGAGACAAAAUCCCUGUCAUCAACAAAUAUCCUUGGGAUUUUCUCUCGAUCAAGGCUCAAAUUGCCUUUGUCACUAAUGCGGAUGGCCUCAUUAAAGAAGGGUUUGCCAAGUUCAAAAACCCUUUUCGCAUGAUCACAUUGGUGGGAGACAGAUUAAUUCUUCCUGCCGACCAUUUUGAAUGGAUCAGACGCCAUGGUCCCCAACUUGAUCACCAACCGCUUGUGCGCAAGGACUUCUUUGCAGGUUAUGCUGGAUUUAAUGGCACGGCAGCCAUUUCAGACCCCAACAAGCUUUUGGCCAACGUCAUCAAGAAAAAGCUCGUUCAGAAUCCUCAUGUUAGCAAGCUCCACAACAAUGUGCAGGAAGAUAUCUUGGCAGUUUGGCCAGAAGAGCGUGACGUGUGGAAAGCAGUCGACUGGGCUAAGGAUGGUCUCAGCCUCAUCAGCCGAAUGUCCGCGUCCGUCUUUGUCGGCGAGGAGCUAUCACGCGACGAGACAUGGCAACAAGUUAGCACUAACUACGGAAUGACCGUGUUCCUCGCGGCUCGCUCAUUGAGAAUGUGGCCACGAUUCUUGAGACCUCUUGUACAAUGGUUCCUCCCAGCUUGCAGGAAUUGCAGAGCAGAAGUCAAGCGCGCGCGAGAUGUUUUGGAAAAGAACAUCGCCAAGAGAGCUGCUAAUGGUGAAGAACAUGACGAUUCUAUUACCUGGUUCGAUGACAUCGCGGCUGGUAAGAGUUAUGAUCCUGUCGCUGCUCAACUUGGAAUGUCUAUGGCUGCUGUAGUGACUACCUCGGAGCUGUUGAAACAGACCAUAAUUGAGAUUUGCGCUCACGAUCUGAUUGCUCCCCUUCGAGAGGAGAUUGAAGCCGUGGUUCACGAGUAUGGAUGGUCUCCUGCUGCGUUGACCAAUAUGCGUUUACUCGACAGUGUCAUCAAGGAGACACAAAGAAUGAACUCUGCUGUCAUUGUCAAUCUCGACCGUCAGGUCCUAUCACCAGUCACUCUACCCAACGGCCAGUACCUACCCAAAGGCACUGCUCUCUCCAUCUACAUGUCACGUCUCCGUAGCCCUGAUGUAUAUGAUAACCCAGACAGCUUUGAUGCAUACCGAUAUCUGAAGCUUCGUGGGCAAGGUGGAAAGUGGACAUAUGCUAGUUCUGCUACUUCUACGAGUGAGGAUCAUUUCGUAUUUGGUAUUGGUAAACCUAUUUGCCCAGGUCGGUUCUUUGCUGUUGCAGAGGUGAAGACGGCGAUUGCUACCAUCCUACUUGACUAUGAUGUGCGAUUAGCUGAGGGAUACACACCCAAGCUUAUGCCGUUUGGCUUUGAGUUGUUUGCCGAUCCGGGAGUACAAUUGGAGGUCAAGCGAAGAUCUUAG